AUGGGUGUUAUUCCUGUUGCUACUAUUGUUAUUAUUCCCCUAUCUAUCUAUCUAUCUAUCUAUCUAUCUACAAACAGUUUUUCGCUACCGAAGAACACUCUCCAGAGCGCCCCUUGCUACCUCGAACUGGAUUUCUUAUACGUGAUGGAUAUCACAAUUAAGGGAUGCGUGGGGUUCAUUUGCAACGUUAAUUUCGACAACACAGGCUGGAGGCAGGCGAAGCUCCCUUUGAGUUUCAGAGGCCUGGGCCUUCGAUCAGCGGCAGAAUUGGUCCUUCCACCAUAUCUUUCUUCACUUUCUUCCAAUGUUCUUUCUUUCUUUCUUUCUUUCUUUCUUUUUUUCUUUCUUUCUUUCUUUCUUUUAAUCUCUGCACAGUUUAAACUGCAGCAUACGUCACUUCCGCCUCCGCUACAAGAGAGCAGAUGUAACGUUUGUUCCGAGUCGCACCUCCUCACAGACUGCUAUUUGCACCAAUCGAAGCCAACUUUGGUAAGUGUUUUUUCUUUAGUCUAUGCCCUCGGGCAUUUCUUCCUUUUUUUCGCAGAACAUUUUCUUUUUAUUACCAGACAAUUAUUUCAGCUUUUAGUUUCUUUUUCCUUUCCUACGCUGGAAAUAGCUGGCGCUGAGUACACUUCUACAUCCACACUGUCUAUCUAUCUAUCUAUCUAUCUAUCUAUCUAUCUAUCUAUCUAUCUAUCUAUCUAUCUUCAACUAUUCUUGCUAAACUUCAACCAGCAGACCAAAAUUUAUCUUCUAUCUAUCUAUCUAUCUAUUAUCUAUCUAUCUAUCAUCUAUCUAUCAUCUAUCAAGAACCAAACUGCUAUUAAUAAGAGCCAGAUCAGACCAAAAUUGAUCUAUCUAUCUAUCUAUCUAUCUAUCUAUCUAUCUAUCUAUCUAUCUAUCAUUUCAAAUUAUAGAUAG